AUGCUUUCUAACACCCAUACCAACAAACCCAAGAGCACCAUUCUCAGCAUUGUUAGCUAUGCUCUAAAAGGCCCACCACUCGACUUUGAGCCUGACGUUCAUAUCAAUGCUCGCCGCCUUCUCAACCCACCAUCUGAGCUCCGUAAGGCCUUCGAUGGUCGUUGCGAAGGCCUUCGCAAGAACCUACGAGCAGAUCCUGUCUUUCACGAACUACUUGCCGAAGCUCAACCUCAGAUCUUCAAGACCGAGGAGACAAGAAGAGCACUGAUGAUAAACACAAAGGACAACAGCUUUCACCUGGUUGAGAUCAAGGUUGCAGUGGCCUGUGUCAGAGGGCGUCAUCGCAGUACAGCUGUUGCCGAGGAGCUGGCCAAGCUGCCCAUAUGGCCAGAACAUUACGACGUCAGAGUGUACCAUCGCGAUGUUGAUACGCCUCACCGCUACCAGAACUGGCACCAGCAGAAUCUGGAGCGUGAGAGGAAGGGCGAGACUGUUGGCAUUGGUCAUUACGGCAUUGAGAACGAUCCUGACGGAGACGAUAACGACGAUAACGACUUCGAUCGCGAUACUAACACCUAG